AUGGUACCCUCCGUGAGAGUUGUCCCUAACGCCGCUAAGCGAGCAACCAGCUUGCUACGCACCAUUCAAUACACUCAUCCUCCUUCAUGUCCUUGUCACUCAAACCCAGGAUAUCACCAGUCGCCACCAACAUUCACUCCCUCCAAGCAUGCUCACCAGCGUAAAUAUGCUACGCCAACAUCGCACCCAGGCCAGAAGGAGUAUGCCUUUGAGAUGGCUGCUUCGUCCAUAAGGUUUGGCCCAGGUGUGACGCAGGAGGUCGGCAUGGACUUGAAGAACAUGGGAGCAAAGCGUGUUUGUGUGGUAACAGAUGAGAAUGUCAACAAGCUGGAUGCCAUGAGACAAGUUCGUGAGUCCCUUGCUCGUGAGGGCAUCCCUUAUGAGGUUUACGACAAGGUUCGCGUCGAGCCAAAGGAUAGCUCUAUCAAGGAUGCCAUCGCCUGGGCUCGCCCUUAUGCACCAGAUGCCUUCCUCGCUGUUGGUGGUGGAUCAGUCAUGGACACAGCCAAGCUCAUGAACCUAUACACGGCGUAUCCUGAUGCAGACUUUCUAGACUUUGUCAACGCCCCUCUUGGAAAGGGCCGUCCAGUAGACAAGAAGUUGACACCGCUCAUUGCGGUUCCAACAACAGCCGGUACUGGUAGUGAGACGACAGGAACUGCCAUUUUCGAUCUUGUGUCUAAGCGAGCAAAGACCGGUGUAGCUCAUCGAAACCUGAAGCCCACACUAGGUAUCUGUGAUCCCCUCAACACCAGGACCAUGCCAGCAGCUGUCAAGGCCGCUUCGGGUCUCGACGUUCUGUGCCAUUCGCUUGAGUCCUGGACUGCCAUUCCAUACAACGAGAGAACACCUAGACCAACAAACCCUAUCCUUCGGCCCGCGUACCAAGGCGCGAACCCUAUCUCGGAUGUUUUCUCGUUUCAUGCACUGCGCUCUACCGUCAAGUAUCUCCCGCGAUCGGUGAAGAACCCUGAUGACUUGGAGGCCCAAUCUGAAAUGCUUCUCGCUUCUACUCUGGCCGGCGUUGGGUUCGGUAAUGCCGGUGUUCAUCUCUGUCACGGCAUGUCGUACCCCAUUUCUGGCCAGAACCCAGGCUACAGGCACGAUGGCUACGAAGUUGAAGCCCCUCUUAUUCCUCACGGUGUCUCCGUAGCUGUCUCUGCGCCAGCUGUCUUCCGCUUCACAGCAGCAUCGAACCCAGAUCGCCAUCUGGCGGCAGCGGAGGCCUUUGGGGUUGAUAUCAGCAACGUGAAGCGCGAGAGUGCAGGCGAAGUGCUUGCAGAAGCUAUUACCAAAUUCCUUGCCCAGCUCGGUGACCAGCCCAAGGGUCUCAAGGAGUUGGGUUUCGGCUCGGAGCACAUUGAGGCCCUUGUCGAAGGUACCAUUCCUCAGGCACGUGUGUUGAUGCUGGCACCAGGAUUGUCUACACAGCUCGAAGCGGAGAAAGACCAGCUAAGGAGACUGUUUGAGAACGCAAUGACUCACUAAGGCCCGUCCUGAAGAAAGGAGUUCGUCAAUGCGGGUAUGCAAUUGCAUUGCGUGUCGUCGAUCGAUUGUAGCCGCGGAUGUCGUAUCACUCUUAAAUACAGUAUCUGGAUUAGUACUUAUUGAGAUACAAAUAUAGUCACAUGUGUACCAUGAUAAUCUGAUCCA